AUAAAUGAUCCAUUGUGCGACUAGCCUAGUUACUGUACAUUUUUCAAAAUCAAAUAAGCGCGACUCAAUUCCUCAUCACAUAUCGUGUGAAGUGAACAAUCCCAGUAACUCCCAUUUCACUCUCCCCCAAAAUCACAAAUUUGAAACUCAAAUUUCAAAACCUGCCCUUUUUUUUAAAAUCAAUUUCUUUUCAUCUUCCUCACCAAAAAAAAACCAAUCCAAAAUCAACAACAAAAAACCAAUCCAAAAUCAACAACAACAACAAAAAACAAGAAAUGGGGUGUGUUUCUUCAACUCUGCUAAACCAAGACGAAGAUUUCCCCCAAAUCGGAAGCGCCGCCUUUAGCCACCACAUUGUAUCGCUCACCUCCACCACUUACGGCCUUCUUUCACUCGAUGCACCGCCUUCUUCUUCCCCUAUGACACCGCCAAAGCCACUCCCUCGCUUCACUCUCACCCCCAAAUCUCUCUCCGUUGACCCACCUCCAUCUGCUACAGAAGUCAUCAACUCUUGGGAACUCAUGGCUGGUCUUGACUCUACCACCCCUGAUAGUACCAAUCACAACAAUAACGACGGAAGUUUCCGAUUUUCUCUACCUUCAUCAAACUCAAAACCUUUUACUUUUACCGGCACCCCUAAUUUCUUCUCUGAUAAACUUAAAGAAAAUUCGAACCCGAAUACCCGGGUUCGGAGGCCCAGGCAACUGUUUCCUGACCCGGAUGCAGGGGUAACGAAAACAACGAAAUGCGACAAUGUUGCUAAUUCUAAACUUGACCAGUUUGAAUUGCUUUGUCCACCGAAUGGGGAAAACAAAGUAGUGCUCUACACUACGACUCUGAGAGGGGUUAGGAAAACAUUCGAAGGAUGUAAUGCGGUUCGAUCUGUGAUUCAAGGUCUGGGUUUCGCCUUUUGCGAAAGAGAUAUUUCAAUGGAUCGCGGUUUAAGGGAUGAAUUAAAGCAAUUGUUAGCACCACUGAAGAAGAAUGAGGCGGCAGCGGCGGCGCAACUACCCUGUUUAUUCAUAAAGGGGCGGUAUAUUGGGGGAAAAGAUGAAGUGUUGAAAAUUCAUGAAGAAGGCGGCCUUGUUGAUCUGCUUCAAGGCCUUCCCAGAGUCGAGGCCGGUGUCGUCUGCGAGGGGUGCGGCGAUGUAAGGUUCUUGCCUUGCUUUCAGUGUAAUGGGAGCUGUAAAUUGGUGGUGGUUGUUAAAGAGGUUGAUGAUGAAGAUGAGGAAAGUAUUAAUAAGAAUGGUUAUUGUAAUAGUAAUAGUAUUAGGAGGACUGUUGUGAUAAAAUGUCCAGAUUGUAAUGAGAAUGGUUUGGUUCUCUGCCCUAUUUGCAGUUGAUCAAUAAAUUAUUAAUUUGUAAGUUCAUAUACAAA